UGCAGCGGAAACCACGUGGUGCAGUUUCACACACGCGCAUGCCUCAGCUGGAAUGCUGUCCUAAAGCUAGCCUGUAGCUUCAGUUCAGCAUAAACUAACUUUACCUGUUAAAUAGAAACAUGUCGGACAGAUCCGAGUUUAAGAUUAACUCUCAGUUCGCUCAGAAAUAUGAGAAAUACCGACAGAGGGAAGAACUGCAGAGACUGAAGGAUCGAUAUGGAGACCGAGGAGAGGAGAGUGACUCUGAGUCUGAGUCCAGCUCUGAUGACAGUCAAGUGGAGCUGGACCCUGAGACUGAGAGGGAUUUCUACAGAACAUUAUCCCUGCUGAAGAAGAGAGACCCGAAGAUCUACCAGGCUGAUGCUAAGUUCUACUCAGAAGCGUCCACCAGUGAUGAGAAGCCGUCCACCUCAAAGAAAGCGGUGAAGCCGAUGUUCCUGAAGGACUAUGAACGUAAAGUCAUUCUGGAAAGAGAAGGGAAAUAUGAGGAUGAUGAGGACAGUGAUGAUGAAGAGGCCGCUAUGAGACUGGAGAGAGCCGCCUCCCCGAGCUACAUCCAGGAACAGAGGGAGCUGAAGGAAAGCUUCCGCAAGUUCAUCCAGGACAGCGAUAAGGAGGAGGAGGAGGAACGCAGUGAGGGAGAGAAAGACUCCCAGCUGCUGACCAGGAGGAUCAAAACGCAGGAGGAGAAGGAUAAAGAAGAAGCAGACUUCGUGGACUGGCUGAAAGGUCAGGCGGAGCUGGAGGGUCCGGAGGAGGUGAAGGACAUGAAAUACUUGAGGGACUACUGGAACGAUCCUGAGCUGGACCAGAAGGAGCGUUUCCUGAGAGACUACGUCCUGAACAAGGGAUACCUGGAGGAGGACGAGGAGGAUGAACGGAUCCCAACCUACGACGAGGUGGUUCAGGAUGACGUGGAGGAUUCUGAGGAGGACGGGGAGACGUUCUUGGAGCGGCAGGAGAAUUUUGAGAGAAGUUACAACUUCCGCUUCGAAGAGCCGGACGCACAGGAGGUCAAAACGUACCCGCGUAACAUCGCCACGUCGGUGCGCUCCAAAGACGACCGCAGGAAACAGAAGAGAGAGGAAGUGAAAGAGAGGAAGCAGAAGGAGAAAGAACAGAAACGUGAGCAGCUGAAGCAACUGAAGAACCUGAAGAGGAACGAGAUCAUGGAGAAGCUGAAGAGGCUUCAGGAGCUGACGGGGAACGAGCAGCUCGCCUUCAGCCAGGCCGACCUGGAGGGAGAGUUCGAUCCAGGACAACAUGACCAGCUCAUGCAGAAGUUCUUCGGGGACGAAUACUACGGAGAGGACGAAGGAGAGAAGCCUCAGUUUGACGACGACGAUGAACUCGAGGAGCACUGGAACUGGGACACGUGGACAGGAGAGGAACGAGAGGAGGACCAGGGUGAAGGACAGGACUACGACGCCUCUGAGCCUCACUGUGACGAUGAGAACUUCAUUAUGGAUGCAGACUACGACCCCAGCCAGCAGACCUCCAAGAAGAAGAAGAAAAAGGAGAGGAUGAAGCUGAAGAAGGAGGAUCUGCCACAGAUGGGCAAGAGGAAGAAGAAGUCUCACUUUGCUGAGGCCAUCACGAAAGAGAAGCCGGUGUUCGAUCCUCAGGAGAAGUCCUUCGAGCAGUACCUGGAUGAGUACUAUAAGCUGGACUACGAGGACAUCAUAGACGACCUCCCGUGCAGGUUUCGGUACAGGCAGGUUCUGCCCAACGACUUCGGCCUGAGCACCAACGAGAUUUUAACCGCGAAUGAUAAGGAGCUGAACAGCUGGUGCUCUCUGAAGAAGACCUGCAUGUUCAGGUCUGACAAGGAGGAGAUGAGUGAUUUGAAGAACUACAUAAUAAAAGCCCAGAAUGAAAAGAGGAAAAAGGAGAUCCUGAACUCGGUGUACUCUGAGGAGGAUAAGGAAGGCUUAGACGCUAAGACCAAAGUUGGGAAGAAGCGAAGAGAUCGUAUGAAGAACGCUGAGAAAGAAGGUAAAGAAGAAGAAGAAGACGGGGAUGCUGAGCCCGUCAUGGACUCCCCAAGAGAGACUCUAGCUCAAGCUCUCCAACAGGACGAGGACGAGGAGGACCAAGAGGUGAUGAUGCCUGUGAAGAAGAAGAUGAAACCAGAAGAGGAGCCUCAGGUGACGGUUUCUUCAGAGGCAGCAGGAGAUAAAGGUGGAGAGGUGGAGAACAGGACUGAGAGGCCGAAGUGGCCCAAGAAGAAGCCCAAGCCCUCAGGCAGACGUCUGGGAACGGGGUCCACCGGGGUGAGAAUAGGCGGCCGGGAGUUCAGCAGACAGAGACUGAAGGCGUACGGUCUGAACCCCAAGAGACUGUUCUUCAGACAGCUCGGCAGACAGAAACGGAAAGCCCAGGAGAAGAUGGAGAAGCAGAAAAACAAGGAGUGAUCACAGACAGCUCUGAGGUCUUUGUGGUCCAAGAAUUGAAUUCAAAUGAAAUUCCCUUUUACAUUGUGAAAAUGUCAAAAAAUGGAACAGUGGUAAAGGUGUUCAAAUUUACCUCUUACAUUUUUAUAUAUUUAUACAAACAGACUCAGUUUAGAUUAAUUACUGAACAUAUUUCUACUACAACAUUCAUGUGUUAACAUUUAGGACAGCUGUGAAUACCAUGCAGUAACAACUAUUCACCUGUGUACUUUUUUUUGAUGAUUCCUAAUGAAGUUACAGAUUAAAAAAAUGCCUCAAA